AGAGCCACUUGGCCAGCUAUGCAAACGCACUUGGACAAUAAGAGUAGAGCAGCACUUGCUGGCCGGGGUAUAAAAAGCACAUCAGGCUUAUCGAGGCGUGUGCACUCCUGACUUCCAUUUGGAGAUAUUUCAUUAACGGCGUAGUGUCUUAACUCUGGCUACACCACUCUCCCGUAAGCCACCAGCGGAUUUUCAAAGUGGUGCAGCAACUUUCCGGCAUAAACUGCAUCCGCCGUCCCAGAACAUGUCGCUGACCAACACAAAGACGGGUUUUUCGGUGAAAGACAUUUUGGACCUCCCUGACACAAACGAUGAGGAAGGAUCUAUCACUGGCACUGAGGAGGAUACGGAAGGCUCGGAGACGACUAAAACACCUGGCGUGCUGGUCCAAAGCCCGAUAGAGAAUGUCCAAAACCUGCCUUUAAAGAACCCUUUUUACGAUAACACUGACAAUCCCUACACCAGGUGGCUUGCAACUACCGACACCAUUCAGUACUCAUUGCAUGGUCUAUCUGCGACCUCUCAGGACUCGUCCGCUAAAUCUCCCGAGCCGUCGGCAGACGAGUCACCCGACAACGACAAGGAAACUUCGAGUAGCGGCAGCGACUCCGGUAAGAAGCGCAAGCGGCGAGUGCUGUUUUCCAAAGCGCAGACGUACGAGCUGGAGCGGCGUUUCCGACAACAGCGUUACCUCUCAGCCCCGGAACGGGAGCACCUGGCCAGCCUGAUCCGUCUCACGCCCACUCAAGUAAAGAUCUGGUUUCAGAACCAUCGCUACAAGAUGAAGCGAGCCCGCGCGGAGAAAGGUAUGGAAGUGAGCCACCUCCCUUCCCCGCGGCGCGUGGCCGUGCCCGUGUUAGUCAGGGACGGUAAACCGUGCCACGCGCUAAAAACUCAGGACCUGGCGGCUACGUUUCAGGCGGGCAUCCCGUUCUCUGCCUACAGCGCCCAGUCUCUGCAGCACAUGCAGUAUAACGCGCAUUACAGCGCCGCCGCAACACCGCACUUCCCCACGGCGCACUUGGUGCAAACGCAACAGUGGACCUGGUGAAGCCGUAGUGACUUUUUGGUGUUGCGAGGGCUGCGUUUCAAAGAUCUCGUUAGAGAGUUGUUGUUUUUUUUUAUUUUCCAACGAAAAUAAAAAGAAAAGACUGGUUUUCGCAGCUCGAUCCCAUUCUCGCCGUUUCAUUUUCGGGGCUGAUGUGUGCGCCGUGUUUACAUUUGUUUUCGUUCAGAAAACCGGAUCCAGCCCUUUUCUCCCAGAUCCGAGAAUGUUGAAGCUCUUGUGAAAUUUUGUAAAACAAACAAACAAACAAACAAACAAUAUUAUUGUGUGUUGUAGAAAUGUUUUCCUUUUUUGUCCUUUCGUGUUCUAAGCACGUACAAGACCACUUUAUAAUUAUAGAAAAUUUUAUUUCUAGCUUUUACGAUGGACCGAAUAUAUUUAUGGCCAUGAAUAAAACAUUGGCAACUUUUAGCUUAUUUUAUUUGGUUUCUUUCCUUUGUAAAUAUCUGUGGUGAUUGUAUGCGAUGCAGAUAUAUUUGGGCGCUCACUUAGUUAUGAGGAUAUAGAUAUAUUCCCUGGAAGGUGGAAAAAUUGAACAACAGUUAUCGAUACAUAUCUCUAUCAAAUGUUGACAGCCGCUGCAAAGAGCGUUGAUUAAAAAUAUAGGCUACUCCGUUUUUUUUUUUUUAUAAGACUUUUAAUAAAAUCCUGUGUUUCAGAAAUUUCGCUUUGGAUUGCGUUUGGUUUUUAAGGGAAUCACGGACUGGAUUCAUUGCAUAUUAUUUUAGUUUCAUCAUGAUUUUCAUAGAGGGACUCCUUCAAGAACGAAAAAGAUCAUACUUGCCUUUUUAUGGAUUUUUUUUUUUUAGAAAGACUUCUUUCGAACAAAGUCGCAUGGGUAUGUAUAAAUUUGUUCCGCUCUGCUUUCAGAAAGGGCAUUAAUUGCCUCCAUUUUCUGAAUUUAUAUGUAUAGUCACUUCAUCAAUAAGAAGGCUAAAGUCACUUGUGAAAUGGGGUAAAAAAUCCACUUACUUAAUAUAAGAGGGCUUCAGCCCGUCAAGCAGCCUUUCAUCCGCUAGAUCUCUUCUGUUCUGUGCGGUACUCCACAACUCGAGCGCUGAAAUGGCACAUUUUACAAGAAAAAUAAAUAAUGCUUGAGUUACUUUCUUCUGUUACGCUUUUAAAGCUUUCUACUGAAGCAAUGAAAUCGCUUUAGAUCACUACUACAGUGUGGAUUGUGCUGUUAGCUAAGUAGUAUUGCAUGUUUGAUAUGCACUAUGUCCAAUAUUAAAUCCAUAUGAAUGCAUAAGAUAAAGCUUUGUGAAUGUUUUCAAAAAAACAAACAAACAAACAAAACCCCCCCGCAUUUUUUUAAAAUCAGUUUAAAACUACCUAUAACGUAAAUAAUUAUUGCCCAAAAUAAGAUCUCUCUCCGCGCCGGGGAUUAUUGUCUAGUUCAAUGUCUAGGGAGAUAUUGUACACCCAAUAGAAAAAUCUUUCUUGGCUUGUUUUCCACGCAAAUAACAACAGAUGUUAGAUCGCCCCCAUUAUCAUUAAACAAACUCGUGGAUUGACACAGGGUGCUAAUUAUUUACAGAAGUCCGUGUCAUGGGACCAGGCCUUUUACCCCAACGAAGGGAUUCUGAGAGCACCAAGUUUUAUUGUGCGC